AUGCUGGUUGUCAGCCUGAGUCCGGGCUGCUCCGCCGCCAUCCUGGACUCCAUCUACUGGAACUCAUCAAAUCCGAAAUUCUCUCCUGGACAAGGGCUGGUCCUGUUCCCUCAGAUAGGGGAUAAAAUGGACAUCGUUUGUCCCCGGGCGAGACCAGGGAUGGCGGAGAAGGAACCAGAGUAUUACCGCGUGUACCUGGUCACCAGGGAACAACUCCGCAGCUGCAGCAUCAGCCAAUCAGACACCCCGUUACUCAACUGCGACAAACCAGACCGAGAUGUGAAGUUCACCUUCAAAUUCCAGGAGUUCAGCCCUAAUCUCUGGGGCCUGGAGUUCCUCAAGGGAAAGGAGUACUAUAUCACCUCGACCUCCACCAGCUCUCUACAGGGCCUGGACAACACUGAUGGAGGAGUGUGUAGAGCCAUAUCCAUGAAGCUAGUACUGAGAGUAGGACAGAGUUCCGCCAAACCACUUCCUCUUCCUGGAGAGUUUCCCACCAGUUUCCCCGCUCAUCACCCCGAGGCCCCAGACAAGGAGCCUCCCAUUAAAGACAACGAUUUAAACAACAACGCCGAAAUCACUGACAGCGAAGGAAACAUUGACACAGAAGGUGGAGCCUUAUCGACAGAAGGCGAAUCCAUCGGCUCUGAGGUCGGACUCCUCGUUGGCGUGGCCUGUGGCAGCGUCCUCCUCCUAUUGGUCGUCGUGGUCCUACUGACCGUGGCGUGGCGGUACCACGGGCGCCACGCCAAGCCGGACGCCACCUCCCUGUCCCUCAACACCAUGGCCAUGCCCAAGAGAGACAGCUACGGAGGGAGUAGCGAUGACAUCCGGUCAGAGCCCAGCGACACGGUGUUUCCUCUGAGGCCCUCUGACUCCAUGUUCUGUCGGCACCACGGGAGGGUCAGCGGCGACUACAGACAUCCUGUUUAUAUGGUACAGGAGAUGCCUCCACAGAGUCCUACUAAUGUAUACUACAAGGUCUGA